AUGAAUACUGCACAGUCUCUGUUGUCGGAAGUAACUAUGAAUGGUGGGCAUUUGUGCCGUAGAAAGGAUGGAACAUACUACCUUGACGAGCAAGAACUACCGACAGAUCUGCUUCACAAUUUGAGUAGCGCGAUCAGCUUUUUUGCUGAUGAUAUUAUGGUGGGCAGCGCUAACGUCAACAAUUUUCUCAACUUUUACAUGAAGAGAUUCUUCAGUAACACUGGCUACUGGACCGUUCCGCCAGCCCACCAAGAGGCGGUUGCCGAACUAGAGGCUAUCUUGGGAGACCCCGUAGAGGAACCAGUAGAACCGCCACAUCCUGUUCGCCCUAAUCCAAAUCCUGCUCGCGCUUAUGACAAUGUAGAACAGCCUUAUUUCAGCACGCCGGUGCCUAAAAAAGGAGACUCGGCUUAA